AUGGCUGGUUUUUGCCAGACAACAAAGUCCCAGAACCCCAUGCAGGUGUUUUGGGGCUUUGUGUCAUUCAAGGAUGUGGCUGUGAACUUCACUGAGGAAGAAUGGAGAGAACUGGACCCUGCUCAGAGAGUCUUGUACAGGGAUGUAAUGCUGGAGAACUAUAGGAACCUGGUCUCCUUGGAGUAUCACAGUGGGAAGGAAUAUAAUGUGCAAGAAAGAGCCUUAGUUCAGAAUAUACCAUUUAUUCAGCAUCAUAGAGUCCAUAAUGGAGAGAAACCUUAUGAGUGUAGUGAGUGUAGAAAAACUUUCAGUAAUUAUUCAGCCCUUACAGUACAUCAGAGAAUUCAUACUGGGGAGAAACCAUAUGCAUGCAAUGAAUGUAGCAAAGCCUUUAAUCACAGUUCAUCUUUUAUUCAACACCAGAGAAUCCAUACUGGAGAAAAACCCUAUGAAUGCAAUGAAUGUGGGAAGGCUUUUACUCAGAUAACACAUUUUAUUCAACAUCAGCGAAUUCACACUGGAGAGAAACCUUAUGAGUGUCACACAUGUGGUAAAGCUUUCAGUCACAAUUCAUCCCGUGUUGAACAUCAGUAUAUUCAUACUGGAGAGAAGCCCUAUGAAUGCAGUGAAUGUGGGAAAGCUUUCAGUCACAACUCUUCCCUUAUUGUCCAUCAGUUUAUUCACACUGGAGAGAAACCGUAUGAAUGUAAUGAAUGUGGUAAGGUCUUCAGUCAGAGCUCACACCUCUAUCAACAUGAGAGAACUCACACUGGAGAAAAACCUUAUACCUGUAAUGACUGUGGGAAAGCCUUUAGUGAUCGGUCAGCCCUUAUUCGACAUCACAGAAUUCAUACUGGAGAAAAACCCUACAAAUGUAAAGAAUGUGGUAAGGCCUUCAGUCAGAGCUCAACUCUUAUAAAACAUACAAAAGUCCACACUGGAGAGAAACCCUACACCUGUAAAGACUGUGGGAAAGCCUUCAGCCAGAGUUCAUCCCUUAUUCAUCAUCAGAGGGUUCAUACGGGAGAGAAACCAUUUGAAUGUCAGGAGUGUGGGAAAGCCUUUAGCAGAAGUGCCCAUCUUAGUCAACAUCAGAGGAUCCACACUGGAGAGAAACCUUGUGAGUGCAACAAAUGUGGCAGAGCUUUCAGAUGUAGUUCAGCCCUUAUCAGACAUCAGAGACUUCACAGUGGAGAAUCUCCCUGAAAGUAUGGACAAAUUCAUUCAGAUUUUUCAUUUUGUUAAAUGCCAAAGAAUCAUACUUUCACAGGUUGUUACAAUUGUGAUGCUUUUCUGUUUUGAGGGAUGAAGAUCCCUCCAGCCCCAUUUUCUCCUGCAAAAGAUUAGCUAUGAGAAUAUCAUAAAUCCAAGUGAAGAAACACUGAUCCAAUAUCUCAAAUGGCCUAAUAGACUCUAAACAUCAAUCUCUAUAUAUGUAUGUGUGUAUUUUUUUCUAUACCUGAAAAAUGUCUAAUGCCACCAUGCAGUGAUUUUUAUCUCCUAACCUGAGGAAUAAGCCAAAGAAUUCUAGUUAAAAAAUUGAGUAUGUUGCCUAAUUUGUACUGAUGGAAAUAGUGCUGUGUCCAAACGAAACAGAGAAGCUCUUGGUUAAUUGUAUAUCCAAAUACCACCUUCCUAUAAAUCUUUGCCCUAAUGUAUAGUCAUUUCUAUCUCCAGCACAUACCCUCCUGUGGGCAGCUAUUGUCUGCUUUACCUCAUCCCACUGUUUUGUGAUCACCCGAAAGAGGGUGAUGGAUCCAGUUAAUAGGACAGAUGUCAAGACUGAUGACACUUCAAACACCAAGAGUAUUUGAAGGAAAAUUUACUAUUCAAAUAAAGGAUUUAUGGGGAGAUCAGGGUGGAUGCAAGCUGGUCCAAAAUGGCACGAACAGAGAGGAGGUUGGGCCUUUUUAGUGGCUAGGGUGUGGAGCUAGAGAGCAUCCCCAGGUAUGUGAUUGGGGGAUUCAAGCUUCUGCCAGUGCCAAGAGCUCAAGUGAUGCACCUGGGUUUCAUUAUCUAAAGUUUGAGACGUGGUGGGGUGGGGAGAAAAGUGUGGAAGCUCAAUGCUAUCAGUGGCCAGACAUCAAAAAUAAAGUGAAACUCUUUGUUA